ACCAUGCCCAUCACCCAGGACAAUGCCGUGCUGCACCUGCCCCUCCUCUACCAGUGGCUGCAGAACAGCCUGCGAGAGGGCGGGGCGGGCCCCGAGCAGCGGCUCUGCCAGGCGGCCAUCCGGAAGCUGCAGGAGUACAUCCAGCUGAACUUCUCUGUGGAUGAGAGUGCAGUGCCACCUCCUGACCUCCAGCUCCCCGAGAUGGAGAUCUGCACUGUGUACCUCACCAAGGAGCUGGGGGAUGCAGAGAAUGUGGGCCUCAGUUUCGGGAACAUCCCCGUCUUCGGGGACUAUGGUGAAAAGCGUAGAGGGGGCAAGAAGAGGAAGACCCACCAGGGUCCUGUGCUGGAUGUGGGCUGCAUCUGGGUGACGGAGCUGAAGAAGAACAGCCCUGCAGGGAAGAGUGGGAAGGUCCGGCUGCGGGAUGAGAUCCUCUCCCUGAACGGGCAGCUGAUGGUUGGAGUGGAUGUCAGUGGGGCCAGUUACCUGGCUGAACAGUGCUGGAAUGGCGGUUUCAUCUACCUGAUCAUGCUGCGUCGCUUUAAACACAAAGUCCAUUCUCCUUAUAAUGGCAAUAGUAGCAACAGCUCUGAACCGGGAGAGACACCUACCUUGGAACCGGAAGACAGAACUACGAAAAAGGGAAAAAGAACACGGAAGUUUGGGGUCAUUUCCAGGCCUUCUACUACCAAGGCCACUGAAGAAUCCAAGAGCAGUGCUGACUGUGAGUUAGACAAUGACCCCACCCCAGAGCUGGACAAUGGCCAAAACCCUGAACUUGGAAAUGGGCAUGUCUUUGAGCUAGAGAAUGGCCCAGAUACUCUCAAAGAGGUGCUUGGAUCCCAGCUAGAGAGGUCAGAAGUGGACAGAGGGACAGAGCACAGAAUUUCCAAAACUGAUGCCCCUCUGCCCACAAAUCAUGACAAACGCCGCCUCUCAAAAGCUGGAAAGACAGACUUUCAAUCAAGUGACUGCCUGGCACGGGAGGAAGUUGGUCGGAUAUGGAAGAUGGAGCUGCUCAAAGAAUCAGAUGGGCUGGGAAUUCAGGUUAGUGGAGGCCGAGGAUCAAAGCGCUCACCUCACGCUAUCGUUGUCACUCAAGUGAAGGAAGGAGGUGCCGCUCACAGGGAUGGCAGGCUGUCCUUAGGAGAUGAGCUGCUGGUCAUCAAUGGUCACUUACUGGUCGGCCUCUCCCAUGAGGAAGCUGUGGCCAUUCUUCGUUCAGCCACUGGAAUGGUUCAGCUGGUGGUAGCCAGCAAGGAGAACUCCGCGGAGGACCUCCUCAGAUUAACAUCCAAGAGUUUGCCAGACCUGACCAGCUCCAUGGAGGAUGUGUCCUCUUGGACUGACAAUGAAGAUCAGGAGCCGGAUGGGGAUGAGGACGUAGGGACCAGCUCGCCUUGUGUCCAGGGAGCAAUACCCAGGGCAGACGAGACCCAAGACCCAUGUGGCCCUGAGGAGCCCAAGGGGAACUUGGAAAGUCCCAAACAGGGCAGCAGUAAAAUGAAACUCAAGAGUCGUCUUUCAGGGGGUGUGCACCGUCUAGAAUCUGUUGAAGAAUAUAACGAGCUGAUGGUAAGAAAUGGAGAUCCCAGGGUUAGGAUUUUGGAGGUCUCCCGAGAUGGCCGGAAGCAUUCUCUUCCCCAGCUGCUGGACUCUUCUGGAACCUCACAGGAAUACCACAUAAUGAAGAAGUCGACCCGCUCCCUAAGCACCACUCAGGUGGAAUCCCCCUGGAGACUCAUCCGGCCAUCAGUCAUCUCCAUCAUUGGGUUGUACAAAGAAAAGGGCAAGGGCCUUGGAUUCAGCAUCGCUGGAGGUCGAGACUGCAUUCGAGGACAGAUGGGGAUUUUUGUCAAGACUAUUUUCCCAAAUGGAUCAGCUGCCGAGGAUGGAAGACUUAAAGAAGGGGAUGAAAUCCUAGAUGUAAAUGGAAUACCAAUAAAGGGCUUGACGUUUCAAGAAGCUAUUCAGACCUUUAAGCAAAUCCGGAGUGGACUGUUUGUCUUAACGGUACGCACAAAGUUGCUGAGCCCAAGCCUCACGCCGUGCUCGACGCCCACACAUAUGAGCAGAUCCAGCUCCCCAAACUUCAACGCCAGCGGGGCAACCUUGGCAGCAAACUCUGAUGAGAGCAGUUCUUCAUCCCUGGGCAAGAAGACCCCAGGGCCCAAGGACAGGAUUGUCAUGGAAGUAACCCUCAACAAAGAGCCAAGAGUUGGCUUGGGCAUUGGUGCCUGCUGUCUGGCUCUCGAAAACGGCCCCCCAGGUGUCUACAUUCACAGCCUGGCCCCCGGGUCAGUGGCCAAGAUGGAAAGCAACCUGAGCCGCGGAGAUCAAAUCCUGGAAGUGAACUCAGUCAAUGUUCGCCACGCUGCUCUCAGUAAAGUCCACGCAAUCCUGAGCAAAUGCCCCCCAGGACCUGUUCGCCUUGUCAUCGGUCGGCACCCAAAUCCAAAGGUUUCUGAACAGGAAAUGGAUGAAGUGAUAGCACGCAGCACUUACCAGGAGAGCAAAGAGGCCAGUUCCUCUCCCGGCUUAGGUACUCCCUUGAAGAGUCCUUCUCUGGCCAAAAAGGACUCCCUUAUUUCUGAAUCUGAGCUCUCCCAGUACUUUGCCCAUGACAUCCCGGGUCCAUUGUCAGACUUCGUGGUGGCGGGCUCUGAGGAUGAAGAUCACCCCGGAGGUGGCUGCAGCACUUCAGAAGAUGGCAGCCUGCCCCCCAGCACCCCCACUCACAAGGAACCAGGAAAACCCAGAGCCAACAGCCUUGUGGCUCUUGGAAGCCAGCGGUCCUCUGGGCUCGUCCAUAAGCAGGUGACCGUUGCCAGACAAACCAGCCUUCCUGGAAGCCCACAGAUCCCCCGAAACCCUCUGCUCCGUCAGAGAAGGGUGAGCUGCUAUGAUGCCAAUGGUGCCAGUGAUGAAGGAGACUUUGAUGGAGAAGGGGACUGUGUUUCACUCCCCGGGAGCCUCUCGGGGUCCAGCAGACCCCAGACGGGGGAUGAUUCUGGGCGAGUCAUUAGAACCUGGCCCAAGGUCAUGGAGAGCAACAGCCGGGAGGAAGCACCCCAGAAAGCACUGGUCUGCAAGGCUGCCUCAGCACCUUUGCUUGGCAGUUCAGUGGACUUCGAGGACAUGGUGGACUCUCCUUGCCACACAGCCAACCUGCUGGACUGUACAGAGGCCCCCAUGGGUGGCCCUGGCUGCUCAGGGAAAGAGGAGCCUUCAGAAUGGCCGAGUUCACCCCAAGUGGAAUACAAAGCCAGUCCAGGUGCUCGGAGUCUGACGAAUACAGAGUGUCCCUGUCCCCCACAACAGAAGAAUGAGCACUUGGGGUCCAGGCACAAGCCGGUGGCCAGGAUCAGCCCACACUGCAAGAGGCCUGCAGCAGAGGUCAGGCCCCGGGGUUCAGAGCCAGCACAUCUGCCUGACAGGGUCGAUGAAGCGUGUGGUCCAGACUCAAAUGUCCAGGCUACUUCCUUAAAAGUGACCAUCACUGGUUUUCAGCCAGGAGGAACUGCAGAAAUGGAAUCUCUAAGAACGCAGACCACUGAGGCUGGGUGCAUCUCUCUGGAGAGUGAGCUCCCUGGGGCCCUGUCCCACCCUGAAGCCAGCCACCUUGCAAAGCGCCUGCCCGAAGCUGGACAAGAGGGGGUGCAACAAACUGUGGCUGUUCUUGAUGCAGGACUGAACCUCGUCACAUCCCCAGGGAACAAGGGGGCUUGUUCCGACCCCAGCAAGGUCUCGACAAUUAGGGGCAAAGCCUGUCUGCCUGAGAAUGCCAGCCAGCGUGCGUGGCCCACGGUAUCCCCUGGCGAGGCCAGGCCUGCAGUCCGGCUCAUUGGGGACCCCAACAUGUCCCCAAGGAAGGAGAUAGUGGCUCUUCCUGACUUCAGUCCACCCGGAGCAGCCUUUGAAGCCAGCCAGUCUGCCAAGGCCAGGACGGCAGCUGCCCUUCAGGGAGCCAAGCCUGAGGCAGAGGGAGCGUCUCUGUCACCAGACUUUGUGGCAUUCCAUGGGAAGACACAAGAGCAAGAAGUACAAGGGAACCACGGCAAAGUGUUGGCAACAACAGAGACCCGCAUUCCUGGAAACUCCAGGAAGUUGGCUUCUGUGUCUGAGGAGGCGACCACGGGGGCAUGUGGCAGCGACUCAGGCCACUGCUGCCCAGGGCUGCAGAGAGAGGGUCCUGGGACCAGCAGGGACAGAGACCUCACGGAGGGCCCGGCUUCCGAGUCCCCUCAGCCAGGGUACCCAGCAAGUGCCGAGGGCCCCUGUCAGGGUGGAUCCAGCCCUGGGAGCUCCUGCCAUGCCACGCUGGCCACUGGGAGAGAAGCCCCCUCGCUGAGGAGGGCCCCUGCCACUGGCCCACCACCUGGGGCCCCCUGGGCAUCUCCGCCUUCAGUUUGGGAUUCAAUUAACCCUGACAGACAUUUUACUGGGAACAAAAACUUCCUGAGCAACUACUCUAGAAAUCUCAGCAGCUUUCACGAAGACAGCCUCUCCCUGUCAGGCCUGGGCCAUAGCACCAAGCCAUCUCUCUCGUCCAUGUAUGGCGAUGCUGAGGACUCGUCCUCAGAUCCCGAGUCACCCACAGAGGCCCCACGCCCAUCCACCAGGGACAGCUGGUCGCCACCAACUUCUCCUCAGUCAACUCGAAAGGAAGAUACUACAGAGUCUGAAGAGGAGCAAAUUGAACUUUGUUCCACAAAUGGCUGCUCCUGCCCACCCUCAGUGACUGCCCGUCCACCUGGCCCGGCUGCCCUGUCCCCUGUGCCAGCCACAGUUGUGCCAUUGAAACGCAGUGCUCUGGGUGGCUCAGCAGGGGACCCGGGGGACAGAGCCACCUUCGUGUCAGGGGCAUCAAUACCAAGUCCGUCCCUGCCACCCUCACUCGGGGAUAUCCACUCUCAGGGGCAGGGGACUCCUGGGAACCACAGGUCCUCGAGUACAGAGGAGCUGCUGGUGGUCACCAGCAGUGGCUCGGCAGUCUGCAGUCAGGGUCCCCUGGUCAGUGUCUGCCCUCCUAGCCUGGUGAAUGGAGUGGCCUCAGCCUGGCUGGGUGAGGAGACCCCAAACCAACAAGAAACAAAUGUUAAUACAAGUGGAGAUGGCUCUGACACUAGAGAUCCUGUGGCAGCAAAGGUACCCAUCUCCCAAAGCCAGAUUCCAGGUGACCUGCUGCAGAAACCCAAAAUGACCCCCAGGAAGCCCAUCAUGGCCUGGUUUAAAGAAAGAAAUAAAAAUCACCAAGGUAGCCAUUGGCCGAGCAAAACGGAACAGGAGCCAUCCACGGUGCCAAUCAGAAGCCCUGACUCCAAAACUCAAACAAUAAGUUUGAGCCACAAAAAAGGCGUUUCAGGGCCUAACAGCCCCCCUCCACUGAAAAUCAACCUUGAGAAUCGAGACCCACCAAAAAAAAGUUCAGGGGAAACACUGGCAAGUAACUGCCCAAAACCCAAAUCUGGUGCGAAGCUGAAGAAGCUCAGCAUCAACAGUAAAAGCCAAGUCCGGGCCGAGGUCCCUGCUGCUAACACGGCUAAGGCUGGCGGGGUGGACUCCCGGAAGGCCCAGAAAGGGCUCUCUAAGGUAGCUGCCUAUCGAUCUCACACAGGUGUCCACGAGGAGCUUGACAAAAGUGCUGCCACCACCACCAAGUCCCCCAAGUAUGGGAUGGAGAGUAAGGCGCCCCCGACCGCCUCUGGGUCACUGACGUCCUCAGGGUCCGACACGAGCAUCAGGAUGGUCAUCUCGCCCCUCACCUCCCCCAAGGCUCUGCCCGAGUCAGGUAGCCCCAGGUCCCCCAGAUGUGGAACAGCCAGUCCUACAACAGCAUCGAACGGCAGCCUCGGCACCACGGAGAACGAGUAUAACCCUCAGCCUCCUGGACAGAAAGACUCCCGUACAUCCUGCCAAAUGGCUUCAGGGACAGCCGCCCAGGCUAGCGUGGCCAGUGAUAAAGGGAGUCGAGUCAUUGCUAGUGAUGCCCAGGACAGAACAAAGCAGUGGGAAAUCGAGGAGGUUUCCCCCGAGAGGAUGCCUGAGGCUGCAGCUGAAAGUGACAGGUGGGAAGGGCUCUCGGCCCAGAGCAGCUGUCAGGACAGGGGCGAGGGCAGACUCUGUCCCCAGUCAGUGGGGUCACCACCCUCCCCCACGCUUCAGGCCUCCCGGGUCCCCCAGGAAAUGCAACGCUCUUUCAGUGUGACCAAGCUGGCUUCCUCCUCCUCCCCGCAGCUGCCUGCUAAACAGACGGGUUCCACCCCGGGAAAAACAAGCCAAGCGCUGGAACCCCAAGGGAUGCCCAAGAACAUCACACCGGUGGGCACCACAGUGGACGAUGCCCCCUACUUUACACCACGGCCAGCCACCAGGACCUACUCCAUGCCAGCCCAGUUCUCCAGCCACUUUGGACGGGAGGGUCCUUCCCUCCACAGUCCCAGUGGCUCCCAUCCGGAUGACCAGAGCCCUGUCUGUAGUGGCUUCCUGGAGACAAAACCCUCCAGAGGGGGUGUCGUCGGCCUGGUGAACGGGCAGAGCGGGCCUGGGGUGAAGCCCCUGCUGGAGACACCCAGGAACCUUUCAACCACAGAUGGAGACACCCUGACCUCCCAGGAGACAAGCUGUCUCGUCACAGACAAAAUCCGAGUCACCAGGAGACACUACUACUACGAACAGAACUGGCCUCAUGAAUCCACCUCAUUUUUCUCUGUAAAGCAAAGGAUAAAGUCUUUUGAGAAUCUGGCCAAUUCUGACCGGCCCGCCGCCAAGUCUGGUGCUCUCCCGUCUCUGUCUGUAAGUUCCAAGCCCCCCAUUGGGAGGCGCUCGUCUGGCAGCAUCCCUUCGGGGAGCCUGGGCCACCCCGGGGAGACAGCGAGGUCACUGAGACGGAGCCUGAGCUCCUGCAGUGAAAGCCAAAGUGAAGCCAGCUCCCUCAUCCCCCCGAUGAUCAAGUCCCCUUCCAGUACCACGCUGACCGUCUCCCGGCAGACCCCAGUGGAGACAAGCAGCAAGGACCCCAGUUCGGAUCCAAAGAAAUCACCGGGCCCUUCGGGGAUCCCCACCCCCACAGUGACCCCAGCCUCUCCCAUCAAGAGGAACAAGUCGUCAGUACGCCAUGCCCAGCCCUCAUCUCUGUCCCGCUCCAAGCUGCAGGAGUUGCGAGCCCUGAGCAUGCCCGACCUGGACAAGCUCUGCAGUCAGGACUACCCGGCCGAGCCCACAGCUGUGCUUUUCAAAACAGAGCUGGAAAUCAUCCCCCAGAGGUCGCUUGGCAGCCCUGGUGGAGCCAUUUCUGGACUCAAUGGAUCAGCUGGGAACUGUGCCUGGCCAGGGGGUGACAGCCCUAAAGCCAGUGAGCCAGGGCUACUGGGUUCAGGCAACACCACCCAGGAUCUGCCCUCCGGAAAAAGCUGGUCAAUUACUUUGGCUCAACUUCUUGUCUCAGUGGGAGCCCAGCGAAGGUUACAAUCCAUUCUAUCCUCAGUGGGGUCAAAAUCUACCGUCCUUACUCUCAUUCAGGAAGCGAAGACACAAUCAGAGAAUAAAGAAGACAUUUACUUCAUAGUCUUGAACAAAAAAGAAGGCUCCAGUCUGGGAUUCAGUGUGGCAGGAGGGACUGAUGUGGAGCCCAAAUCAAUCCUGGUACACAGGGUGUUUUCUCAGGGGGCAGCUUCUCAGGAAGGGACCGUGAACCGAGGGGAUUUCCUGCUGGCAGUCAAUGGCACCUCCUUGGCUGGCCUCGCCCAGAAGGAUGUCCUCAAGGUCCUCCACUUGGCACAGCUGCACACAGAUGCCCUUGUGGUUAUCAAGAAGGGACAUGACCAGUCCAGAGCCUCGACCAGGCUGGAGCCUCCCACAGCCAAUGGGAAGGGUCUGCCGUCCAGAAGGAACAUUGCCCUGGAGCAUGGAAUGGGGAGCUGCACAGCUGCCCAAGAGGCCGUGUGUGUGGAAGUGCUGAAGACCACUGCUGGCUUGGGAUUAAGUCUGGAUGGAGGAAAGUCAACUGUGUCUGGAGAUGGACCCCUGCUCAUUAAGAGAGUAUACAAAGGUGGAGCCGCUGAAAGAGCAGGAACACUAGAAGCUGGAGAUGAAAUCCUUGCCAUUAAUGGACAACCCCUGGUUGGGCUCAUGCACUUUGAUGCCUGGAAUAUUAUGAAGUCUGUACCGGAGGGACCUGUGCAAUUAGUGAUUAGAAAGCACAGAAAUUCUUCAUGA